AUGUCGCCGAUGCGGGGCCUCCUGGCACCGCAAAACGCUUUUCUGGACACCAUCGCUCGCCGCUUCGACGGGACGCACAGUAACUUCGUGCUGGGCAAUGCCCAGGUGCCCAGCGCCUUCCCCGUCGUCUACUGCUCCGACGGCUUCUGCGACCUGACGGGCUUCUCGCGGGCGGAGGUGAUGCAGCGCUGCUGCGCUUGCUCCUUCCUCUACGGCCCCGACACCAGCGAGCUGCUGCGGCAGCAGCUCCGGCGCGCGUUGGACGAGCACCAGGCCUUCAAGGGCGAGCUCAUCCUCUACCGCAAGAGCGGUGUCCCCUUCUGGUGCCUGGUGGACGUGGUGCCCAUCAAGAAUGAGAAGGACGAGGUGGCCCUGUUCCUCGUCUCGCACAAGGACAUCACCAGCACCAAGAGCCGCUCAGGCGCCGACAGCACGAAGGACACGGGCGGACUCCGGCGGUUCAGCCGUGCAGGAGGGAAAGGCUUCAAUGCCAGCCGGCGCCGGAGCCGGGCGGUGCUGUAUCACCUCUCAGGGCACCUGCAGAAGCAGAGAAAAAGCAAGCACAAGCUCAGAAAGGGCGUCUUCGGGGACAAGCCCUCGCUGCCUGAGUACAAGGUGGCCGCCAUCCGCAAGCCCCCCCUCAUCCUGCUGCAUUACGGGGCCUUCAAGGCGGGCUGGGACGGGCUCAUCCUGCUCGCCACCCUCUACGUGGCCGUCACCGUCCCCUACAGCGUCUGCGUGGGCGCUGGUAGUGAGGAGGGGCUGCCGGCCGCCCGCGGCCCCCCAAGCGCCUGCGACCUGUGCGUGGAAAUCCUCUUCAUGAUGGACAUCAUCCUCAACUUUCGCACCACCUUCGUCAGCAAGUCGGGGCAGGUGGUGCUGGAGCCCCGUGCCGUCGCUCACCAUUACCUGGCCAGCUGGUUCCUGCUCGACCUCGUGGCCGCGCUGCCUUUCGACCUGCUCGCCGCCUGCCAGGUCAAUGUGGUAAGAGCCAACUGCAGCGGGAGUUGGGGGCUGCUGGGGGGCCCCUCGCUGCGCAGUGCCUACAUCACCUCCCUCUACUUCGCCCUGAGCAGCCUGACCAGCGUGGGCUUCGGCAAUGUCUCCGCCAACACUGACACCGAAAAGAUUUUCUCCAUCUGCACCAUGCUGGUCGGGGCGCUAAUGCACGCGGUGGUCUUCGGCAACGUGACGGCCAUCAUCCAGCGGCUGUACGCCCGCCGGUUCCUGUACCACAGCCGCACCCGCGACCUGCACGACUACAUCCGCAUCCACCGCAUCCCCCAGCCCCUCAAGCGCCGCAUCCUCGAGUAUUUCCAGAGCACUUGGGCGGCCAACAACGGCAUCGACACGGCUGAGCUCCUGCAGAGCCUGCCCGAGGAGCUGCGGGCCGAUAUUGCCCUGCACCUGCACAAGGAGCUGCUGCAGCUUCCCCUCUUCGGGGCGGCCAGCCGGGGCUGCCUGCGCACCCUCUCCCUGGGGGUGCGCCCCGCUUUCUGCACCCCUGGCGAGCUCCUCAUCCGACGGGGCGAUGCGCUCCAGGCGCUCUACUUCCUCCGCUCCGGCUCCAUGGAGGUGCUGCGGGACGGCACCGUCCUCGCCAUCCUCGGGAAGGGGGACCUGAUCGGCUGCGACCUGGGGGGGUCCCGGCUGGCCCGGGCGGACGUGCGGGGGCUGACGUACUGUGCCCUGCAGAGCCUGGGGCUGCCGGCAUUGGCCGAGGGCCUGGCCCUCGACCCCGACUUCGCCCGCGCCUUCCGCCAGCAGCUCCCCCGCGAGCUCAGCUACGACCUAGGGGGUGCCCCCGAGGUGAGGUGA